AUGUCCAACCCAUCGCAGCUCUUCUUGCUAGCCGACCACAUCAAGCUCUCGCUGCUUGAGUGGCAGCGCGCCCAGUCCUUGAAUCCCGACGACACCACCCUCAGCGGUGACAUCUCGCGCUCGUUUGACCAGCUUCGUAAUGGCAUUGCUUCGUUGGACCAGGAUAGCGCUCGCCUCCAACAGGCUGGCGAUGAAGCUGCCGCCCAAGCUAUUACGGAAUCUCUUCCGGCGCUGCACAAGCAGUAUGACGAGUUAAUAUCUCAGUACCAGUCGCUCUCCAGCCCAUCCUCCAACCCGCCAUCCGAUCAAGACGCCGGCGAAGAGGCAGAUCCAGCCAAUAGAUCCAAUCGCAAAUCAAAGACGGUGCGGUUCAGCGAAACGGCUUCGUCACCAACCCAACAGCUAUACGGACGCUACACCGACGAUCCGAAUGCCUCAUCAGAGUCAAUGGGAUAUAGCGACCAUGCCAAUGGGCUGUCAAAUCAGCAAAUUCACGAAUACCAUUCCCAAAUCUUACAGGACCAAGACGACCAUCUUGAUCGCUUAGGGGCGUCCAUCGGCCGACAACGGGAGCUCAGCAUGCAAAUUGGAGACGAACUGGAAAGCCACAUGGAACUUCUGGAUGAAGUUGACCAUGCCACUGAUCGCCACCAAAGCCGUUUAGAUCGGGCGAAGAGAGCCCUGGGAAAGGUUGCAAGGAGCGCAUCAGACAACAAGCAGAUGGCAAUCAUCUUCAUCCUCAUUGUUAUUCUUGUGCUAUUGAUUGCUAUUUUGAAAUGA